AUGAGCUUUUCCAUGCCACCGCUCCCGCGCAAGGCUCUUUUAAGAGCCAAGUGCAGGUGCCGUUACCUGGAGGCUGAGGGGGACCGCCACGAAUUCUGUUUCGUGUGCAUGGGACCCCGGCAUGCCAGGGACGGGUUGGUGGAUUCCCCUGACUGCGAAUCAUGCGCUUGCCUCUCCGUUUCGGAGAGGCGGCUGCCCUUAGAUUUUUUCCAGGUGGAAGAGCCCCUUGAAGAUGUGGUCUCGGCCCUGCUCUCCGACGAGGAGAGUUCGGAGUUUGAGGACCACCUCGAGGCGGCAAAUGAGGCGCAACCGUCUAGUAGGGACCCUCCUGUGGAGGUUAUCCUGAAGAACGUGUUGCGCACAGCCCCCCUGUCCUUUCCUGAUGUGGAAGGGCGGGCGCUGAGUUCAAUUUCGGAGGAUGAGGAGGAGCCGGCUCCCGGCCCUACUGUCACUUCUGCACUGUCUCGAAGGGCGGAUUUCCCUGCAAUCAUUAAGAAAGCAGCGGAGAUCAUGGGCGUUCCGCUGCCGGCCUCUCCUCCUGUGGAGGAAGAGGACCCGUGGGAGGUUGGCCCCCAUGCAAAACGCAUGAAGACUUCAAAACCCCUGUGCCCCACCAUGCCAAAGCUGGCUGAUUACGUGCAGGGCUCCUGGGAAGCGCCUUUGAUGGCUAACGCGCCAGUCAAAGCCCUGCUCCCUUUCACGAGGGUGACCGGGCUGGGAGAGGCGGUUAAGACCGGCCCCCCGCCCUUGGAACCGUCCCUCGCGGCAUACCUGGUUCCAGGGGCCAGCGCGUGGAUGACGGCUAAGAAGGCAAACCUGCCGUCCUCCCGUGACAAGCUUACUGCCUCUCUGGCAGACAAAGCUUAUGUCUGGGGUGCGCAGGCAGCGGCAGCCUCCGGCAACGCCGCCCUUUUAACGGCGGCGGUCUCAAAGCUCUCGACAGAGAAACCUGAGGGCCUGUUGCCGGAGGAGACGUCGUGGGUGGCCAGGAUGGCGUCCGCGGCGCUCCACCUGAAUCAGGGGGCGGCUAUUUGUGCAGGCAGAGCAAUGGGCAACAGCCUUGUUGUUCAUCGCCACCUCUGGCUGUCCCUGACGGCCAUGAAAGAGGCGGACAAGUCUGCCCUGCUGAAUGCCCCGGUGACGGGCGAGGGCCUGUUCGGACCGGCUGUGGCUGCAGCGUCCGAACGCUUCUCGCGCCUGGAGGAGGAGAGGAAGCACCUGCUGGGGCAUAUGCCCCUGCAGAAAAAGGCUAACGCUGCUCCCUUCUCUAUCCCUGCAGGUGCCACACAAGUUACUGAGCUGAGCACUCGUACUGUUGUCGAGCGGAGUAAUGAGUUGGUUUCGGUUCGCGAGUUUCCCACUACUAGCGAUGCCAAACCAUCGGGCACGUACAUAGCGGAGUCUGGCCCAGCUAGCAAGCGUGUGGCCAGACCGCUAGCCGCCCCCAUGCGCCAUAACAUUGCGUGUGACUCUGUUAUCACGUUACAUGAGCCACCGCUGCAACGUUACGCGCAGACCUCUGGUCGCGCUGUGAGUCUUCUCGAGGAUCAUAAUGAGGACAGCACUCAGGCCUCUUUUGGCCUUGAGACGCUGCUCCAGCCCUUUCGAGUUGACCCCGCCUUGGGCUGUGUCGCCGAGUCGGUGCACAGCGGCGGCUGGGGCUGGCUAGACAGGAUACUGAGAGAGGGUUAUACCAUCCAGUUCAUGCGCACUCCUCCUCCUUUCAGAGGAGUGAGGGAGACACGCUUGUCCUGCCCGCUGAAAGCGCUCGCACUUCGGAAAGAGAUAGCGAGCUUGCUGACCAAAGGGACGGUGAUCCCUGUCCCCAGAGAUCAAGAGAACUCGGGUCUCUACUCCCCUUAUUUUUUGGUUCCCAAGAAAAACGGGCAGAUGAGACCGAUUUUAGAUCUGAGGGUGCUCAACGAGAGUGUGGCCAAACGGCCCUUUCGCAUGCUGACGAUAAAGCGUUUGCUGACUUGUGUGCAGCGGAACGACUUUGGGAUCAGCAUAGAUCUGAAGGACGCGUAUUUCCAUGUGCCUAUCAAACUGAAGCACAGGAGAUUUCUGCGUUUUGCCUUCGAGGGGAAGAAGUACGAGUACACGCGCCUGCCGUUUGGGUACGCGCUGGCUCCUCGAACUUUCUCCAAGUGCGUGGAAGCAGCUCUAGAACCGUUACGGCGGAGGGGUAUACGCAUUCUGGCGUACCUCGACGACCUGUUAGUUCUGGCUCAGUCUCCGGACAGAGCUAUCCAGGACGCGAUCUCACUGGUGACUCAGCUCAGCCAGUUGGGGUUCGCGGUCAACUGGGAGAAGAGCGCUCCAUGGCCCGCUCAGCAGUUUACCUACCUAGGUAUCCAUUUGGACACUGUUGGGAUGAGAGCCAGACUGUCGGCACCACGGAGAGAGGCUAUUUCGAUAGCUCUCCGUGCGUUCCGGGUCUCACGCACAAUCACCGCACUGUCGGGGAUGUCCCUGUUGGGGUUGAUGGCGGCGGCUCAUGUAGUAGUGCCAUUGGGCCUGUUAUACAUGCGCAAGCUGCAGAGAUGGUUCGCUCAGCUGCGGUUGGAUCCGGUGCGACACCGCCGCAGACUGCUAGUGAUACCGAGAUCAGUCAAAGCCGAUCUGAGCCAUUGGAGAGACCCGCGUGUCUUGACGCGCGGAGUCGACAUGGGCAGAGUGACAUCUCUCUACCCGGUCUUUACGGACGCGUCCUUGACCGGGUGGGGUGGAGUAUGUCAGGCGGGCUCAAUAGGAGGAAGAUGGGAACCGUCAGAGACGCGUCACAUCAACCUCCUGGAGCUCGAAGCGGUUCGACUGACUCUGUGCCAUUUCGCGCUGGUGUUGAAGGAUCAAGACGUUCUCGUCAGAUCCGACAACAGGGCGACGGUGGCUUACAUCAACAGACAGGGAGGGGUGCGCUCUCCAUCUCUUCAUCGCUUAGCGGAGGAAGUGUGGACUUGGGCUUUCACGCACCUGCGCUCCCUGAGAGCUCAGCACAUUCAAGGUCUGCUCAACGAAGGAGCGGACCUGAUGUCAAGGGGCGGCCCGAGAGAGGACGAGUGGAGGUUGAAACCGUCCAUCGUUUCUCUGAUCUGGGCACGCUUCGGCCGAGCACAGGUGGAUCUGUUUGCGUCACGAGACAACACACAGUGUCCUCUAUGGUUCUCGCUGCGCACACAGGACAGACCUCCGCUGGGAGUCGAUGCGUUUGCGCACCGUUCCUGGCCGAGAGGUCUACUGUACGCAUUUCCACCUCUGGCCUCCAUCCUUCCCUUGCUGGCUCGGGUGAGGUCGGAGGGGCUGUCGGUCAUUCUGAUAGCCCCCGAUCGCCCCGGAGCCCCGUGGUUCCCGGAACUGAUGGGGAUGCUGGUAGGCGGGCCUUGGCCCAUACCUCACCAGAUGGAUGCGCUCUCUCAGGCCGGAGGCCUGGUGAAGAGCCCUCCAGUGAUCGGAGGCCCACUUAUGGCCUGGCUACUGAGAGGGAGCUCUUAGAGCGCAGGGGUCUGUCUGAUGCUGUCAUUCAGACCAUUCUGGGUGCGCGCGCACAAUCUACUGCU